AUGUCUUCAACAAGGCCAGAAUUAAAGUUUAGUGAUUUAUCAGAUGAAAGACUGUACUUUAAAAAAUAUCUACAAUUACCGAAAAAAGAUGAUGCCAGUUGCUUAAGAUUCAUUGAACACAACAAUAAAGAUUAUUUUAGUUGCAUAGGUUAUGAUGCUGAAUUCAUUGCUGAUAACAUUUAUAAAACUCAUUCAGUCAUUAAAACAAGAGAUAAUUUUAAAUAUGUGACUAUUUCACCACAAGUUUUCAGUAAUGUUUUGAAAUAUUGUUUAAUUGAAAAACACCUUAAGGUGGAAAUUUAUAAUAACAAAUCAUUUAAUUUGAUUUGUUCAGCUACUCCAGGUAAUUUGGAAUUUAUAAGUGAAGAAUAUAAUAUAAAUUUUGAAUUUCAAGAUUGUUCAAAUUCAGUAAUAGCUGCAGUAAAGGUUGUAAAUAAUAAAAUUGGAGUUUGUUUAAUUAAUGAUGAUAUUAUUUAUCUUUGUGAAUUUGAUGAUAAUGAUUUAUUUAGUAAUUUAGAAAGUUUAUUAUUACAAAUGGGUGUUAAAGAAGUUAUUUUAAAUAAUGAAGAUUCAAAAUUAUUACAAGUUUUAAAUAAAAUUGGUAAUUUAGUUAUAAAUAUCAGUUCAAAAUUUAGUAACAAAAAUAUUGAACAAGAUUUGAGUAAAAUUUUAGAAGGUGAUGAAGAUAUUGAAUUAAUUUUAUCAUCAAAGGGUAUAAAUACUUCAGAGUAUCAAAAUAGUUUAAGUUCUUGUAAUGCAUUAAUUGAUUACCUAAAUUUAUUAAAUGGAAAUAAAAUGUUUACAAUAAAUCAAUAUAAUUUAUCAGAAUUUAUGAAAUUAGAUUCAUCAACAAUGAAAGCAUUGAAUAUUUUCCCUGAAUUUAAAUCAAAUUCUAUAAAUUCAAUUUUUGAACUAUAUAAAUGUAAAACAAAUGCUGGUUCAAGAUUAUUAUCUCAAUGGUUAAAACAACCAUUAACUAAACUACAAGAUAUCAAACAAAGACAAGAUUUAGUUCAACUACUAAUUGAAGAUACAAGUUUAAGAGUAUCAAUACUUGAUAUAUUUGGUAAUAAUUUACCUGAUAUUAAAAGAUUAUUGAAAAAGAUAUCAUCAACUAAAAAUGAAAAAUUAGAACAUGUUGUAAGUUUAUAUAAAAUUGUAUUAAAAUUACCUGAUUUAAUUGAAGUUUUGAAAAAUACUCCAGGUACUGAAUUUUGGUAUAAUCCAUUAAAUAAAAAUUAUGCAUCAUUAAUUAAAUUUCAAGAAUUGGUUGAAACUACAAUUGAUCUACGAGCUUUAGAAGACCCAUAUGCUGAUUUUAAUAUUAGACCAGAGUUUGAUCCUUCAUUAAUUGAAAUAAAUGAAAGAUUAACUAAUUCCCUUGAACAAAUUAAACAAAUACAUUUUGAAGUUGCUGAAGAUUUAAAGAUGGAUCCAGAAAAGAAAUUGAAAUUAGAGCAACAUCAAAUCCAUGGUUGGUGUUUUAGAUUAACUAGAAAUGAUUCAAUUGUAUUAAGAAAUAGUGGUAAAAAAUAUAUUGAAUUACAAACAGUUAAAGCUGGUGUUUAUUUUACAACUACUGAUUUGAAAAAAUCAUCCCAAAUUUAUAAUUCAUCGUUUGAAGAAUAUAAUAAAAAACAAAGAGAUUUGAUAAAAGAAGUUUUAUCAAUUACAUUGACUUAUCAACUGGUUUUCACGGAAUUAAGUUUAAAUUUAGCUCAUGUAGAUUUAAUUUCAAGUUUUGCAAAUGCUGCUAUGAUUGCACCAACAGCUUAUGUUAAACCGACAUUUGGAGAAGAAAUGAUAUUAAAAGAAUCAAGACACCCAUUAUUAGAAUUACAAGAUGACAUAAAUUUCAUAGCUAAUGAUGUUGAAUUAAAUAAUGGUAAGUCGUUCAUUGUUAUAACUGGUCCAAAUAUGGGUGGUAAAUCUACAUAUAUUAGACAAAUUGGUGUCAUUGCAUUAAUGGCUCAAAUUGGUUCAUAUAUACCUGCUGAAGAAGGUUGUCAAUUACCUAUAUUUGAUGCUAUUUUAUCAAGAGUUGGUGCUGGUGAUUCUCAAUUAAAAGGAUUAUCUACAUUUAUGAUUGAAAUGUUGGAAACUUCCAGUAUAUUGGCAACAGCUACAAAAAAUUCACUAAUUAUAAUUGAUGAAUUAGGAAGAGGUACUUCUACAUAUGAUGGUUUUGGAUUAGCAUGGUCAAUAUCAGAGUUUUUAAUUAAAAAACAAUGUCUUACAUUAUUUGCAACGCAUUUUCAUGAAUUAAAUCAAUUGAGUGAAAAAUAUAAACAAGUUGAAAAUUUACAUGUUGUAGCUCAUGUCGAAAAUGAGGAAGAUAUAACAUUAAUGUAUAAAGUUGAACCUGGAGUUUCCGAUAAAUCAUUUGGUAUAAAUGUUGCUGAAUUAGCUAAAUUUCCAACUAAAAUUAUCUAUAUGGCAAAAAGAAAAGCAGAAGAAUUAGAACAAGAGAAUACAAAGAAAUUAAAAACUGAAGAUGUUGAAAAAUUAAAAAAAAUAUUAAAAGAAUGGAGAUCAAAAAAUCCAAAUCCUCAAAAUGCAGUUGAAGAAUUGCAAAAAAUUGUUGAUGAAAAUAAUUUUAAAUCAUUAUUAGAUUUAUAA